CGCGACUGUCCGCUGCCUCGACUCCCUCCCACACGCCGCACGAGGUCGCGACUGUCCGCUGCCCCGGCUCCCUCCCACGCGCCGCACGAGGUCGCUCAACGCCGCCGCCAGGUCGCUCCUGCCCGCCAGCGCCGCGGCCAGGAUCCCUGCCCACCACCGUCGCCGCCCUGCCCGCCACCGACGCCGCCAGGGCGCCCCUGGUCGCCACCGACGAGCCCCUGCCGAGGACGCGCUCCUGCCGAGGUCGCGGACACCAGCGAGGGCCGCUGCCGUCACGCGCCCAGCCGAAGGUGCCCCUGCCCGCCACCGACGCCGCCCUGCCCGCCACCGACGCCGCCAGGGCGCCCCUGGUCGCCACCGACGAGCCCCUGCCGAGGACGCGCCCCUGCCGAGGACGCCGACACCGGGGAACGCCGCUGCCGUCACGCGCCCAGCCGAGGACGCCGACACCGGGGAACGCUGCUGCCGUCACGCGCCCAGCCGAGGACGCCGACACCGGGGAACGCCGCUGCCGUCACGCGCCCAGCCGAGGACGCCGGCACCGGGGAACGCCGCCGCCGUCACGCGCCUAGACGAGGACGCCGGCACCUGAACAUCCCUGCAGGUCUGCGAUGGGUGAUCCGCGAGAAGCCCGCCCUGCGUUUGGCGACAUAUCAAACACUAUCAGUCGUAAAAGCGUCGAUGAAACAAAUGAGGAGAAAAUAAAGAGGGAAGAGAGAAAUAGAAAACAACGUGAAUACCGCGCACGUAAGAGGGCCCAGGAAACCAGUGAACAAAGAGAAGAACGGAAUAGGAAGCAACGUGAAUAUCGUGCAAUGAUAAGAGCUGCAACAGUGGCAAAUACACAUGGUCAGGGUGAUAAUAAAAAACCACACCUGGUCUGCGAUGUAGAACCUAUAUCCGGUGCCACUGAUGUCCAAAUGACCGAAGCAGUGCAUUCGACCUUGGCACCGUCUCUGUCACCAUAUCUCUUAGGAGAAAAGUCACCACAAGAAACUGGUGUUUCAGCCAUUUGCCAGCCAUCAAUACAUCUUGGACAAGAAAAUAUUGAUCUUACUGAUUCUAUGGACUGGCUGCAUAGGAAUGAUCAGUACGUUAGAAAACAAAGACCACCAUUGGCGCCUUUGCAGACUGAAAGUUCAAACGGCACCGUAAUUAAUCCAGGUGCCACUUCAGACAAUAUCAAACUGCUUAGAAGUCGGAGUUGGUACAUAAAUAUGGAUGCCACAAAGAAGGCAAAAUUGCUGCAACAGAGACGAGACUAUAAAAGAGCAAGAGCAGUUGAUAGCAGCAACCGAUCGUGCCCUACUCUUCCGGAUGAACAAAAUGAUAGCCGCAUGCUUCAGACACCUGUAAAGUCGAUGUGUACAGACGCCAAUGACGUUGAGUUUGAUGCUGCUUUGUUUGAACCUGCAGGCAUUCAUUCUGAUGAUGAAGGUUGGUUUUACAAUUCUGAUUAUCAAAAUUGCUACAACAUUACGGAAAGGGUGCAAAACUAUUUAAAAGCUGACAUGGUUUUCCUUCCAAUAAAUAUAAAAAAAUGCCACUGGUACCUAGCAGUUGUUUGUGGUCAACUAGAAGAGUUAAAAGGACUAGAAAGACAAAUAAAAUGUGCAUUGGAGCAUGAUAGAAACCUUGACCGAGGCAAGUGGAAGAAUCUAGAUGUCUCAACAUGGAGUAUUAUUGAGAAGAUCCAAGAGCCAAUGCAAAAAGAUGGAAUAUCGUGCGGUCUAUGGAUGGUAAACUUUAUGGAAUAUUGGACGGGAUCUUCCCUCUCUGAUGAAGUAACUCAGGAUGAUAUCAAUAAUUUUAGGUUUAAGCUACCUGCUAUAUUGUGGGAUUCUACAUCAAACAUUAGGAAUGUACACCGAGAACUCAAACAACCAAGUGCAGGCGGAGAUAGUCCAAGUGAUGUUGAAAUUAUUGAUAUUACGACCGAUGUGCCUAAACCAUCUACCAGAAUAUUCAUGAACAGAGAGGAAUUGUUGCAUCGGGUGAGCACAUACAUAUGGUCGAUUGAUAAUCAAGAGUGGUUAGACAAAGAAUGGGUCCUGAGCACCACACCAUAUCCGAUCUCUAUAAGUCUCAGGACAAUCAGAGAUAUUUUAGAUAAAAGCAAACCCAUGGAUAGUGGAUGCUUCAAUAUGGCUGUUCGGACGGUAGCAUGCAACGAAGCUAGGUUUAUUAUAGAAGAAGACAAAUGGUGCUUCAUGGAUCUCAAGUUCUGUGAUAUAGCUCAGAUUGGACGAGAUACACGGUGUCGUGACGAGAUAAACUACGAAGAGCUAGCAGGAUUGUUUGAAUGUUGGACCCCGUGCUACUAUAUUAAAAACUGCAGCACUGUUCUAUUGCCAUAUCAUCGAGAUAGGCUCUAUAUUUUAUUCAUAAUAGAUAUGAGGAAGAAAAUAGUGUACAUUAUGGACCCGCUUGCUCCUAAACUAAAGUACACAGGCACUGAUAGAUGUAGUCCAUAUCUAACUACAUUACAUGAUAUUGCCUAUCAUUUCAACCAUGCCAUGAAAUUGGCAAAUGCUACAUGGAACAUUGAUAUUUCUGAGUGGCAUCCUGAAGUUCCAACAUGGACUCCAAAAAAUUAUUCCUGGAAAGUGUCCGGCUUCCUUGUAUACAGUUAUUUAAAAGAGUGGGACGGGAAUAGAUUGUUUGUCCACCCUGGUGGAGGUUCGCUGAGGACGGAAUGUUUGGUGGACAUUCUACAGAGUAAUCAAAAUGAACGUGCAAACAUUAUCCCUGAAGAGCUUUGAGAUCUACUUAAGCAAUUAGGAACUUAUUUGUAGUAUAAAUAUAUGAGACAUAGCUUUAUUAUUCCUUCUUAUUCAUGAGUGUAUUUUGGAUUUUAUUAAUUAUCAUACGCAAUUGUC